CUGAGUUUCCCUCAGAAAUAUCUGCAUCUGCAGAGCCUUAAACGCAGCUCUAACUACGCACUACACAUGAGGAAUUUGUAAUGUACUUUUGGAACUGUCACUGCAUAUCGCCCUGCCCACAGCUCGAAGUCACUUGGACUGCGUUGUGUGUAUGAGCAGUCCACCACACGUCAAUCAAUCUACCCUCAGCCUGAUUCCAGUUUAUGUCCCGUGUUCAGGGCAGUGCGAACAGAUGGAGAGAAGCAACAACUCAGAGAACAAUGUGUGAGUCUGAGAGAGACCCAGGGACUUGGUAAAUAAUUAAGGGUGACAGAGAGGAAGCAGAGCCGGGUUCACUGUAAACUCGUAUAGAAGAAGCUACAUUCUUUGAUUUCAGAGUGAGGUGGUGAAAGUAUUUCACCCAGUAUUUCCAACAAAGUAAAAAGGAAUUAUCAAGUUAAUAAAGUGCUGGAGUUGAAUUAAAACACCGCGUUUUAUUCAGUUUGAAAUGAAGCGCAAUCACAGAUUUUCCGAUGCGAUCAGACCUGCUGAGUUUCUCAAGCAAUUUCUGCAUCCGCAGUUCUUAGGGUUUUUUUUUCAUUAUCUUGCUCGUCAUUUCAAUGAUUGGUGAGAUAUUUUUAGCUCUCUCGUGUAUUUCACAGGUGAAUUACAGACUCAUCUUUAAUAUUGUUACAGCACUGUCAGAUUAACAGUUUAUUGAAGCAACAGUGUGUGAAGCAGAACUGGGACAGUUUUCGAACCUAGCUGGCGUACUAAAGAAUUGAACAGAAGCAAAAACCGAAGAUGGAUCUGAAACAUUAACCUUCUCUCUUCGUCCGCACAGGCUGCCCGAGCUGCUGAGUCUUGCCAGCAUUUUCUGUCGGUGUUUGAGGGAUUGUUCAGUGUCACACCGGAUUGUUGUAGCACACCACAGUGCCUGGGUUGGCACCGUGAUCCCAGCUGCUCUUUCUCCGACCCUGCCUUCCCGAUGGGUUUGAAAGAGGAAUGUUAUAAAGCCUGUCUGGAGGAAUUGUGGACACAAAGUCGACGCUGAUAAAUAAUGAUACCAGGCACCCAGUGGAUAAGUAGUCAACAUCUGCAGUUUUGUUUUGUCUCUAACCCAAUGGUUAAGGGCAAUAUGGUUCUUGUGGUACAGUGGUAGUGUCCUUACUUGUUAGCUAGGACGCCUUGGUAUAAAUCCCACUUCCUCCAGAAAUAUGUAAUAAUAUCUCUGAUUAGGGGAAAAAAUCUGGAUCAGGAAAAUAACCUGUGGAAUGAAGAUGCUCCUGAUUGGAUUACAGAGACUGCCAUUUUAGGAUGAAUUCCUGGUAUCUCUCUCUCUCUUCACGUAUUCCCCUGGACGAUAAAAUUCUUUUAGAACCAGCUUUUGAAAAUAACAAACAAAAAUUAAACAGUACCCAACACAGAUAAAAUAAAACUUCUAUCUCCUCAAUGUGAAAAUGCUGGUUUCAGUGUUCCACUUAUUUACACUGUGUGUGACAGAGAUCUCAGCCAUAUCCAUGACCAUCAUUAAUGCAACUACAGGUGAACAGGUUCUGUUUCCUGUGCCUAUCCAUUGUGGAGCUCAGUAUGAAGUAACAUUUCUAUCAAAAUCACUAAUUAUUGCUAAACUUGCUUCAUGGGGAAUGAAGACAUUUCACAAACAUACAUUGUAUGAAAACAGAUUGCAAAGACACACAAAUGACUCUCUGGUACUGCAGAAUGUGCAGAUUAAUGACACAAAAGUGUAUGGAAUACAAAUCGAAUGCUAUGAUACAGUAGUGAUGCCGAUGAAGGAAACAGUAUUUGAUUUGCGAGUGUUUGAGCCAGUUUCAAAGCCUUCAAUGACAAUGUAUUGUUCACUUACAAGUGUCAACCUCAACUGCUCCGUCUCCAAGGGAACAAAUGUCACAUUAUACUGGGAAGAACAAUCUUUGUCUGGAACCAUCCAUAGAAUCUAUGAUGGAGCUAAAUUGGUGAUAAAUUAUGUCCAUGAACAGGACCAAUACAAGUACAAAUGUGUAGCACAGAAUCCAGUUAGCAAUGCAACCAGUGACCUACAGAUACUAGAGAUGUGUAAUGGCGAUAUUUCUAAAGUUCAGAGACUGACCUGGACAACUCGCAAUUUUUGUGCAUCAAUAUUGCUGUUAGCCUUGAUUGUAAUUGCAUACAUCUGCUACAACGUGAUCAUCUGUGAUAAAAGAGGCAGAAUCAACAAUUGACAACACUGCACACAUUGAUGAGGUCCUUUACAACUUGGCAGAUUUGAGUGUGGAAAGAGCCAUAGCUCCAGUGUAACUAUUCCAACUUCACUUUUUGAUGUUACACUUCCUACCUGCUUCUUGACUAUCUCACAGUUUUAUGCCUCCAUGCAAGUUUACAGAUUACCUGUGGAGUGACGUGCCAAGCUACAAAGGAAAGCAUCACUGUAAGGAAUUGCUUAUAUUCAUAUCAACGCAUUUGAGGCAAUGUGUAUAUAGCUAUUGGGCGAUGUGCUGCAGUGAUAGUGUCUCUACCUCUAGACUAGGAGACCUGGGUCCAAAAUGUAUAAUAACAUCUCUGAGCAGGUUGAUUGGGAAAUACCAAUAACAGUUGGAUUAGUCUAAGGAGGACACGUGAUUUUUUAAAAAAGAUUAUGCAUUUAAUUCAGAAGGUAUUUCUGUUGUGGCAAUUUUAAUUCAUAUGUAAUUUCUAGAUGUUUCUAUGUUUAAAUUCUGAUGUUAUUUUCUAAUGU